GUCUCCUUGUCGUUCUCCUCGCUUUCCAACCGAGUGCUUGCGUCUAAUUGCCAUGGGAGGACCACCGGAGAAAUAUCCUCAGCCUGGAAAGCCUUACGGAGGGUUUAAGCCAGUGCCCCCCGCCGCCUGGCAAUCCCGCGUCGGAUACGUGAUGGGAGUGUCAAUGUGGCUUUGGAUUUUCUACCGCGGGAAGAAGGAUCUCCCCCACUUGCUGGGAUGGAAACACCCGUGGGACCAUCACGGAGGCCACGGCGGCGAUGGUCACGAAGCAGCGGAGAAGCACUGAUAGCCAAGAAUGCAUGGAUCUUGCACAGUUGGAGCUUUUCUUGACUAGCAAGUUUGUUCAGGUCCUUGUUUUAAGAUGAGGCAAAAGUGGCCCGGAUGUCGUCAGUUGCGUCAUUUAGGCAUGCAGGUCAGGAAAAAUUGCCUUUAUUGAGAAGCGCUUCUAGCAUUUGUAAUUUUUGGUGCCACCUGGAUGCAGUACGAGGCAUAAGUAUUGUAACUCGCAUCUGACAAGGAAAGCGUCUGAUGCGACGACAAGAGAUGCCCACCUCUACAAAACGUAAACUGUACAAUGGCGAGCAAUCACCAUAGCG